AUGGAAUGGAGCUUGUAUCCCGAAUCCGAGCCGGCCCAGUUUGUCGGGAGAAUUUAUCAGUCCAACAACCGGCCAGGCGACGUCGGUCGAUUCUUCAGUCUCGACCCAACAACAACAACAACAACAACAACCGACAUGACCAGUACAUCUCCGGACCACCGGGAGGAUGAAGCCGAGUUUCUUUUUGGCCCAGCCGCUUCAGCACUGCCCAGUCUCCUCCCCGACCCAGACCACGGUUCCGUUGCGUUCGACGCGGUUGACUGGGGCGAAUCCAUGUCGUGGCAUCUAGGCGAUCUCGACACUGGCGACCCAGUAACUGCGUCAACACCACGAUCAUCUCCCUCUAGUGCAGAGGCCAUGAUCUUGGCAGACAUGGGAAGCCAUGCGGUCAGCAGUGAGUGCUACCAGAAUGCCGCCACGAGCGCGGCACAGGCUCGUGGCACUCACGCUUGUAGCACACGCACACGCACUAGCCAUACCGAUCUGGCUCCCUGCCCGAGCCCGCAGGAUCCGUCCCACCCAACCAGCCCCUGUAUUGCCGCCGCCACCAACGUCGUCAACGCCUUGCACACCCGUGCCGAGAUGUGUUUGUCAAGCCCCUCUUCACCGUCUCCUGCUUCGGAUUUUGCGUCGUUGUCGUCGCUGUCUUCCUCUUCAUCUUCGUCUUCCACGACCUCCUCAUCAUUCUCUUCGUCUCCCCCAACAACAACCAUCGAUCGCCAAGGACAUCACACCAAACCAUCAGGGGCUCGUGGCAUCGACACAGUGCUGACUUCCGGUCGAGAAGCCACCUCCACCAUCCUAGCCGCCCUUGAAUGCGAGGCCUGUUCCAGCCGGCCGCAACUGCAUCUUCUUGCGGCGACAGCUCUGGAGAAGCUGGUUGGUUGGUAUCGGCUGGCGGUGACCGACCUGAUCGCAACAUCAUCGACAACGUCAGCAACAACAACAAUCCCAACAGUAACACCACCCUACUCUUCCCUUUCUUCUUCCUCUUCAUCCCCAUCAAAACACCAAAUUAAAAUCAACCCACCACCACCACCACCACCAACCUUCACCGCCAAGCCACCAUCCCCAAUAUCCACAACGUCGAACGGGAACACCACCACCCCCACCAACUCAGCAGCAGCAACAGCCCCUUCCCUCACAAUUGCCAUCGGCUCUCACACCGUAGAAGCCGAAUCCGCCCUCCAAACCGCUGUCGUCGCCGCCGUUGUGGCCUGUCGGUUGCAAGAGCUACAUGGCGCAAUCGAGGUUCUCGCGCAGCGGAUGAUGGCUGCAGACGGACUGGGCCGUCGUUGUCGCGACGGUGGUGAUGAUAAUGACCGCCGGAAAGGGGGGAGGUGCGAGGGUGGGGGUAUUAAUAGUUCGAUACAGGUGCAACUGCCGGAAUCGGUGCAGGAUCGGUUGGUGGGAAGGGUGCGGGAGCGGUUGGCGGUGGUUUGGAGGGAGUUGAAUGGGGUAAGGGAAUCUCAGGCGUUGUUGAUGGGUGGUGGUGCGGCAGGGAGUUGGGUGUAUUGA